AUUGACGUCAUGUAUUGAUUGCGUUACGAAAUGCAAUGUUUUUUGUGUGCAAAAGUCAAUGCCAUAGAAACCAAUGCUUUGUAAAUACAGGCAUUCAGUGAAACACAAUCUCUAAUCACUGUUUAGUAUUGUUUUGAUUAUUGUUGUGAUCAUUGAAUCCUUUGGACACCAAUUGGUUUAAUCGUCACCACAAGUACUUACCAACCAUUGGCACACUGUUUGACGGCAUUUUCAAUAAUAGGAUUCAUUUGGGAUUCAAGUGAAAGAUUUGAUUCAAUCAAAUAAACUGAGAUUACAUUACAUUUGGAUGAGUGGUCGCACGGUUAGCUCACUAUAACACAUACCUCACAGAUGUCUCAAUACCAACAACAACAGCCAUACCCGCCCUACGGACAGCCGGGUUACGCACAGCCAGGCUAUACGCCCCAGUUUGGUGGCUAUCCGGCCGGUGCCCAACCGCCACCGCCUGGCUUUGCAAUGCCCGGCCAACAGCCGCCCAAAUACGGCGACCCAUACGUGGGCUACAGCAGUGGUGGGGGUGCGGGCGGAUCGCAUAACGUGAACAUCGGGACCCCCAAUGACACGGAUGUUAACAAUUGGGCCGGUUUUACAGACAAGAAUAUCCGGCGAAUGUUUGUCCAAAAAGUCUAUUCAAUACUUAGUCUUCAGCUGUUCGUCACAUUCGGCAUAACAGCCAUCGUUGUCCUCACGCCACCCAUCAAGCUCUAUGUCCGACAGAAUAUGUGGAUAUAUAUCCUCUCAUAUAUUGUGUUUUUCACGCUUUACAUAACACUCAUGUGUUGCAAAGGGCCCCGACGUAACUAUCCCACUAACUUCAUACUACUGUCCCUUUUUACGGUUGCCCUGAGCUUUAUGGUGGCGAUGAUCUGCUCUUUCCAUGACUUGACAAGUGUUUUGAUCGCCGCCGGCAUCACCGCUCUCUGCUGUACCGCAGUCUCUGUGCUCUCCUUCUGGACUAAAUUUGACUUCACUCGGUUCGGGUGGGCGCUGGGCAUCGCAUCCCUCGGACUCUUUAUUAUGGGAAUCUGUAUGAUCUUCAUUAAGGUGAAGAUCCUGUACAUCGUGUACGCAGGUCUCGGAACCGUCAUCUUUAUGCUCUUCUUGGCUUAUGACACGCAACUCAUUACCGGCGGUAAGAAGUAUGAGAUCAGUCCCGAGGAGUACAUAUUGGCCUCUAUUAUGCUGUACGUCGACAUCGUCUACAUAUUCCUCUUUGUCCUACAACUGGUCAGCGCUGGAAGGGAUUAAUCAUAAGACAUACUGUAUCUGGUGUUCAAAAGCGGUUGUUUUGCACUAACUUUUAAAUUACUUUUUUGCGAUAAUAAUCGGAAUUAUAACUACCGGUAAUAGUUUUCAAAACUAAUUUAAACAACAAAAUAUACUUUUUAACGGUUUAUAAUACUAUAAAAUUAAUAAAUUUAGUUUUAUGAUAUUUACCUGUUAUUUGCUGUGUACCGUAAUAUACUGUUGCAUAUCAGUCUAAUUUAUUUAAUCCAAUUGGGAGGG